AUGCCUGGAUACAGCUAUGAACGUAUGAAAUUGAAAGAGUAUCUUGGAAUUGAAUGGAUUGAAGGCGGUUUCGAUAUUACUGGUGAACGUGACCAUAAACCAAUACGUCAUGACUAUGAUUUGGACUGUAAGUUUGAUGAUGUAACGAAAUGCCAGUGGCGAAACAUAAGAAUGAAUGAAGCUCUUGAUUCACUUGAUUUUCAUUUGUUUGAAAAAAUUGAUUUCACGGAAUUUCCCGUACUACAAGUUCGUCCAGGGCCUAGUCGCUUAAAAAGAGGUGAUAAGUUAUUGUUUACCGGAGAUCGAAAACGAGAAGAACAAACUGCAAUCUUGAAAAGCUCACCCAUUCUUUGUCAGAACAGUACCGGAAUUCUGACCUUUUCGUUUUGGUUGUACAAUGGAGCAGGGGUAGAAGUAGUAUUACUAAAAGAAAAAGGAAGUCAGCUUGUUGUUUUACCAGAAAAACCAUUUGUUGAUUGUGGUACUGUCCUAAUCAAUACGGAAUGUACAGUUGAAAUUCCUCCGCAAAAUGAAGAAUUCAGUAUUGGCAUCAAAGCAUUCAAUAUGGCAAAUCAAGAAGGUCUCAUAUUUAUAAUGUUGAAGAAAAUUUAUGAUAAUUAUAUUGCUUUUGCAGUUGAUUUCGGCGAUAAAUUUAGAGGUCGACCAUUUAUAACAGUUGUAAAAGGGGAUUUGGUUAGAAAAGCUGAUGACUUGAAAUGCAACGACUUUUCGCCACGAUGUCGAUGGCGUACAGUGGGCCAUGCUAAGGAGAUGUGGCAAGUUGCUGAUGAAGCACCAAGCAGUGAGUUGAUCUUUAAUGCUACGGGUGCUUUACCAGUUCCGGAAGCACCUUUCUUGUUCAUGUACAUUGAACAAAAUCGUCGGGGUCCUUUCAAUGUUUUGCAGUCUGAUCCGAUUGACUGCCAAGCCGAAAAUCCAUCUAAAUUUUUCUUUAGGUUUUGGACAACUCGUGAUGUUGUUUUGGAAGUUUGUGCCCGAGAUCGUUUGCUUAAUGCUCUGGAAUGUCAUGUAGCACCAAUGGCUUUGUCACCUCUACUUGUUAGCAUAGCAUUCAACAAGCUGCCAACAUUCACAUUAUCGGUCGAAGUGAAACGUAUCAAUAGCGAUUACGAUAACUUUAUUGCAAUUGAUGACAUUGAUUACGAAGCGACAUUCUGUAGUGAAGCAACAAAUGCCUGGGAUCUUGGAGAUAAUUUCCAUCCAACACCAAUGCUAAAAGAUACAAAAUUGAUCGAUCUCGUAUUUUCGGAUUUGGAUUGCUCAUUUGAUAAGCGUGCUGUGGACUGUAUGUGGGCCAAUGAUGAACAAACAGAUGCCGCCUGGCAAAUUGGUACUACGCCAUUAAAUGAACACAAAUUUAUUUCUCUGACUGGUACAUCCGAUAUGCCUGAUGGUGAAUUUUCUUUGGUUCGAUUGACAUCUGGACAAACAUCAACGCUAAUAACAGAACCAAUUCGUUGUAUUAUCAGCCAAGCAACACUUACAUUUAGGUUUUGGCUUAGUGGUAAUACCCGUCUCGAUGUUUGCUUACUUGAAGAUAAAGUGUCGGAAGCAAUUGACUGCCAGAAAAUCAUACUGAAGCAACCGGGGCCUGCAUUUGUCGAUCUGCCAGAAAUAAAUCGUCCUAUCAGGAUUGCUUUGAAAGCGGAAGCACUAUCUCAAGGAAUGGCUAUGAUUGAUGAUCUUAUAGUCACAGGAGAUAUUUGUCCAUCAGUAACACGGCAUCAUGGCACCCGUUUAUUUGGUUCAGGACUGGCUCAGAUACCAGAUCCAAAUGUUUGUCGACUCCUUUCUUGUAACUUCAAAGAAGGCCAAACAUGUUUAUAUACUUCAAAUCGAGUUGCGCUCUCUCAGAGUAGUUUUAAAGCGCGAGAUGGUGCUGUCACUGCAUUUUUAUUCAGAAAAGGCAAAGUUGCAAUUCUAGAAUCACCAACUUUUCGGUUGAAUGUUGCUGCAAGAAUUCACUUUUUAUACCACAGUGAGGCCAAUGCAUCUUCGGUAUUUGUUUGUCAUGAUAGUAUCAGUCGAGAGUUGGAAAACUGCUUCAAGGUUGGUGGAGAUAGCACAGAACGAGGUUGGUACCAUGAUUUUAUGGAAGUGCUUCCUAGCGACACCAAGUUUUAUUUAAUUGCAAAAUUAACUGAUAAUUCAAGAAGUGCAAGAGUUUCUAUUACAAAUAUAACAGUUACUGAUUUGGAUAAUAAUACUGCUUGUUCUUUCGAAGUUUAA